AUGCAACUCGAGAGAAACCCUAAGAGGAAGGAGUCAACAUUCAUAGCCACCACUGCAAGUUCAAAAGAAGACAAUGGUGCUAAAGGGUCCUUGCCACCAUGCACGAAGAAGGUUCUAAAAAAGAACAAGGUCGUGAUGUUGGAGAAGUCGCCAAGGCGUUUGCCUCCUAGGAAGGAGGUAGAGCAUAAGACCGAGCUAGAAGACAUAAGGAAACAACUGAAGGAGUUGCAUGAGGGCGUUGAUCGAGUCAAUAGACUAUUGUUCACACGUAUAAGAAGCUAUUCAGAAUUCAAAGUGGCAAUGAUCAGUAGCUGCCUUAAGAAACUUAAAGUUGAAAGGGACAAAGUUGAUAGACUUACAGAUCUCCCUAUUAAUGUCAAACACCAGAUUCAGGAGUACUUAUCUGUGGAAGAAGCGGCAAGAAUGAGUGUUUUGUCUAGACCGUGGAAACAUAUUUGGGUUUCAAUUCCCAAGCUUGUAUUUUCUGCUGACUUUUGCCACAACAAGCCAUUAAUAAUAGACGUCAUUAAUACAAUUCUGUUGCAACAUUGUGGAGCCAUUAAGACAUUCCUCGUCAAUAUCUCAUCAAUACCUUCUUCUCAGCACUCAGUUAUUGAUGAAUGGUUGCUUUUGUUGUCAAGAAACGGUAUCAUGAAUCUCACCCUUGAGAAUCUAGACAAGGAUCGUCUGAUUCUCAACAAUGCUCCUUAUAAAUUGCCUUCCUGCCUGUACGGCAUAAAUAAACUAGAAAGUUUGAGCCUGUCCAACUGCACUUUCAGGCCGACAUGCAGCUUUACGGGUUUCCACAUGCUCAAAAACCUUUCACUACUUAAAGUUGUCUUACAUUUAGACGUUACAACUUCUUUCUUGUGGAUGCCAGACCUUGUGUUUCUGCAAGUUAAGUUGUGUAUUGGCUUUCCUAACUCGAAAAUAUAUGCUCCAAAACUUUCCCAAAUAUUAUUCUUUACCAUGAGAACCAAAACCCUUGAGUUGGGUCAUUACAUGGAUUGUCGGAUGCUGACAACAGUUAUACUUACAUCAUCAAGAACAAAUCAAGAUAAACCGAAAAACAUGACCUAUCUUCUCAAGUGCUGGCCUGAAGUUCGUAAUUUUGGUCUGCACACUUACUACCUCAAGUCUGUUACUACUGAAGCAGAGAGGUUCCCCACAUACCUCAACAACUUGAGGACUCUCUUGUUAAUUGAGUUUGAUUUUGAUGAUGAAGAUCAUAUAUUUGCUCUUCUACGAAUGCUUAGAAUUUCUCCCAAUUUGGAUAACCUUGUUUUUUGGUUGAGCUCGAAGAAGAAAGGUGGCAUCGAAGUAAAUGUAAACCAUUUUGAAGGACCAGCCUACAGGACACUAGGACUACUCCACAAGCUUCAAAGAUUGAUAAUAAAAAACUUUCAUGGUUCAACAACUGAAAUGUUCUUUGUACGGUUUAUACUUGCCUCUGCACCGUUACUCCUGAUAACCGUCCUUAAUGAAGAUGCAGAAAGUGUUCAUGAAAGCAAAUCCUCAAAGGAGUUGAUGGGGUUUCCUCGAGCAUCUCCUAAAUUGAAAAUAUAUGUGAACCAUCAAAAAAAAUAG